AUGCCGCCCGCGUUCUUGGUUGGAUUCGGGAAGCUCACGGGCGAUUUCGAGACGUUCGCGCCGUACGUGGGACACGUGAAGGAGAUGAUGCGCGCUCGAGGCGCGGGGUACGUGGGCGUGAAGACGAACGUCAAGGAAGACUCGAAGGGAACGGAAGAGUGCGAUGAUGUCGAUAUUUCUCCCGUGAUUGAGUUCGCGUCCAAGGAGAGCGCGGUGGAGUUCCUGACGAGCCCAGAGUACGUCGAGAUUAAACAUUUGCGCACGGAUAACUUGCGAUUUCGUCUCGCGGUGCUCGAAGCGAACUUGCUUCCGGAGGGCGCGGAUACUUCCAAGUUUGGCGCGUAUUUGUCCACCAUCAAGAAGAUGAAUGAUCUCGAGACGUUCAACGCCGAGUACCCGCCGCUGAUGAAGGCCAACAACGAGAAGUGCAACGCGACGAUGAUCGCGAAAGCUUCCAUCGCCGACCUCGUUCUGCACGAAAACUGUGAAGACUACAGUUUCGUCGUGCUCAUCGGAUUCCCGACUUACGAAGACGCGGUUGAAUACCUGUACAACGAAGAAGUGGGCGCCAAGCAGACGGCGGUGCGUAGACAGUGCACGACGGGACCGCUCGCCGCCAUCAAGUGCACGAAUAAGACGGACGCGCAACCGCAGUACACCGGCGUCCCGCACGAUCGCUAA